AUACGAAUCUUGAGAGUAAAUUUAAAAACCUUAGACAUCAUAAAAUACUUAAAUUUUUUAAAUGUAGAGGGAUUAGCAACGGUUUGUGUUAAGAUUUUUUGUACCUACCCAAAGGCUUAACGAGAAGUUUCGUCGCUUAUAGGCACCGAUCUUCAAUAAUAUUAAUUGAUCUAUAUUUCUUAGUUCAUUUAGUUAAUGGAUCUACGAGGGAGGGGAGCUCUCGGGCAGAAUAUUACCUUUACCUCCUCAAAUGGUAAAAUGUAAUCAUGUUUUAUGGUAAAAAAUAUUAAAAAGUUAUCUUUUAUGGUAUUAUUGUUCGUUUAAUAGGACUUCAACAAUCACUUAAACGCCAUUUCAUAUAGGUAGUUAGUAUCUUUCUUUUUUUCCCAAAGUAAUAGUCGUUUUAUAUAUAUAUAUAUAUAUAUAUAAGAAAAAAAAGCUUUCGGGCUGAGGCCCCCAAAAUUAAAUCCUGGAUCUGCUAGUACUACUGUUAAAGUCAAAGUUUUUUGUUUUUUUUAUAUUUGUUUAUUUAGAAAUAUUACAUUCUGUCACAUCAAGGACAUUUAUAAUAGUGUUCAGAGAGCACACUCACACUCUAUUUACAAUAAAAAUAAAUAAAUAAUACAGAAACUUAAUAAUAAUAAAUACAACAAAGUCAAAAAAUAAAACAAUUUCCUAAUGAUGAUUAAUAAAGAACAAAGUUACAAAACAAAAAGUAAUUUCCGAAUCGCUACUCCACGAUAGCGACUUAAUUCAAAUCACUUCAAUCACACUAGAUGGAAAUCCCUGAGAUUGCCGAAAGUAGGCGAGUAUAAACAUUUAUGUCCAUAUAAAAAUAGAAAUAUCCACACAACUUAUUUUUAACUAAAAUGCAUAGGAAGCGAUUUACUGUGAAUCAGAAAAUAACUGGGGAAAAAAGUAGUGUUUUUUCUCUUUUUUUUGUAAUGGAAGAAAAUGCACUUGAAUAUAGAUAAAUCAUAAAAUUGUUAAAUUUAUUAUUAGUUAUACAACCCCAAGUGAAAAAUUGCGUUUAGGAUAUAAAGUCAAUUUUUAUUGCAGCCGUGUUUAAUUUUAAUCGUUUUUUUUUAAUUACUAGCGUCAUAAGUAUGUAUUGAGCUUAAUAACCAGAACAAUAAUGGGAAUAUUGUAUAUCGUUCUUAAAACAUGAAAAAUAAUUUCGAUAUUUAUUUUCUAGUUUAGGAAGAAGUUUCGACAGACUGCUGACUAACAUUUCGAUAAGUCACUAUAUGCGGCUAUUUAAAAAUGAAAAAAUGAACGGGCGGGGACUUAAGCUGACCUAAACUAAUCAAACGUACGCAACUAGAUUAAAUAAGAUGCGAGGUUUAGGAAUUGGUCGUCAACGUCAACUUUCGGAUACACUUAGGUUUGUCCGGGAUUACUCUCAUAGUAUCCUGAUAGUAAUCUUCAAACCAGACACCAUCUUGAGUAGCGAUUCGGAACUAGUAACGUCAAAAAUAAUCAAUUACACAGUUUUGUCAUGUUGUCAAUUUAUUCCGCUGGGUACGUGUAUGUUAGGGAAACAGGUGAUCUAGUUAUUAUUACAUUUCUAACCUGAAUAAGAUACGCCGCGUUUUAUUUUUUGCUCCCCGUCCUAAGCGAAUUGGAAGGAAAUGAGCCAAUAUCCGAAUGAAUCCGAAUCUAUCGUUGAAGGAAAUAAUGGAGUAUCAAUCUCACGUUACGAUGUAUCGGAAAGCGAAUAUUCUUCCUAUAACUGUAAAUACUGUUUAUACGGUACUAAUACCAUAAAAGCAUUAAGAAGGCAUGAGCGUGCUCAUAUCUUACCAGGGCCAUCCGCCAGAAAAGAACUGAAACCUCUGAACUGUUGCGAGUUUUGCAACAUCAAAUUUGUGCAGAAGAAGGAUUUAGAAGAACACAUGAAAACCCAUGCUGUAGGGAUGGUGUGCUCUUUGUGCAGUUAUACAUCCGCGAACAAAAAUAUCCUAAAGAAUCAUGUAAGAGCACACGGCAACAAGAGGUCGUUUCAAUGCCUCCUCUGCACUGAAAGGAUGACAAACCACAAGAUGUUCGAUACCCACAUGAACAAGCACGUAUUGACGCUGUCUUCGUGCAAAUGGUGCCGCUUUAUGACUGACACCCCCAGUCGCCUCAAGGCGCACUUUCAAGUGCACAUGAAGACCAAGCAGAUCAAAUGUAAUUUUUGUGAUUACUUCUGCUUCGUCGAAAGAGACAUGAAUGAACACAUGACACUUCAUGAGAACGAUAAACAUUAUGGCAAACAAACUGAAACACAAAAUGACAAAAUAUGUAAAGAAGAUGAACAUGAUGUAACCAAAUCUGAGGAAGAUUUGGAAUACAAAGACAAAGUAUCGUUAUUGAACGAGGCUGACUCCUUCAACAUCAAGAGGUUACUUAAAAGAGCUUUUUUCAAAUGCAGUAUCUGCGGAGAGAUCCAAAAUACGGACGAUGCCCUACAGCGACACAGCUACAAGCAUAUUUUGCAACAGCAGUAUUCUUGCCACUUUUGCAAUUUUAGCUGCAGGAACAAGGAAGAGAUCAGAGAUCAUUUGAUUGAACAUCUGCCUAUCUUCGACAUGUCUGAGGUUGGUAAAUAAACGAUUUUCUUCCAUAACGUCUUCAAAUUUUAUCCAGUUUAUACAUUAUUUGUUGCCGUGAUGUCAAGUUACUAAAAAGAUAUCUCCGUUUGACUCAUUACUUAGGUAUUAAGUGAUUCUCAAAACUUUAUCAGAAAGUAAAUAAUGGUUCAAUGAAAUAUAAUAUAUUUU